CUUAUGUUUUCUCAUAUAGUUACAGCUGCGCGAGGCCUAUUUUCGAGUUCGGAUUCAUCUCAUAGGCAAAGCAACUCGAGCAGGGGCGCGGAGAAUACAGACCCACAGACAAUGCCCGUAGCCACACGAAGGUCCAUUCUUUCGCAGUCCGAGGACUUCUCGUCAAGGAACAGCUCCCUAGCUGCCAAUGGAAAGAGAAAAAACAACUUGUUGACGACAGAAGCAGCCCAGGAGCCUACACCAAAACGCCGGAGAGGCCAGAGAGCAGACGGUACUAAAUCCCAGUCCAAUACUCCACAGCCUAACGGAGUGCCCAAGCGGCGUUAUCAAGUGCUCGAAGCGGUGGAGAUAAGAUCAGAGAGUCGACCGGGAACCCGAGAAUCUUCAGUUGCUACACCCAGGACAUCCGUGAAGCCUGACGAGCCCUUUCCUAGCACCGUCUCGAAAACGAAAACUGCCCAUCUCCGUUUUGAUAGCGAAGAGCCGCAACUAGAGCUCAACGGUGUACAAGAAGAUGAUAUAAAGGAAAAUGAGGCCGAAUCCCAGCAGCAAGAAGAGGAAAUGAGUGAUGAUGAUGAGGCCCCCGAGGCCGUUAGCAAUACAAAGCAGUUACAGGAACUGAGAGAGGCGGAACGAAGAAAAGAAGAAGCCAAACAAAGACAAGAACAAGUGAAAAAGGAAAAACGACGAGAGCAUGAGAAGCGUCUUAAACUCCAAGCGAAAUUUAAACCCGCCCCGGUAGAAUUUGCAAGUCCAAGCAAACCGUUACCGGCUUCAAAACAAGAAGAGAUUCUUUCAGAGAGCUCGGCAACGCUCCAGGGUUCUGAAGCCAAAGCACAAUCCUCGUCUUUUCUUCCAACCUCCCUCCCUAAAUUCCUUCCUGAUGAAAUCUUACUCGCCGAACCACCUGUCCGCCCACCGACCCCGCCAAGGGACGUUGAAAAGCCGUCUGGGGCGUUGAAACCAUCAGGCAACAAGCUUCGCUUUUUAGACACAGUGGAGAAGAAGCCAAAAGACGUCAGGCUAGGAGCAAUGUCAAUCCGCGUUCUUGAAGACUCUCACAGUGCAGCCGGCGGUAAAACCGAUUUGCAUAACAGUCUACCCCCCAAGGCAUCGAAAAAGGGCCGGACUAUUAGGGAGAGCUGGAUGGCAGGCAAUAGGAGAGGGGUAUCUGCUGUUCAUGGUGGCCUAAGAAGGACCACAGGGGGGCCAUCUGGUUUCCUGAGGAAAUGAGAAUACCAAGGCAUUUUAUAUUUUGAUUUUUGGUAAACGUUACAUUGUUAAUUUACCUAUCGUACACUUUCCAAAGAAAGAACAGGAAGAGAAAAGAAAAUUAAGAAACGACGUUUCUGGGCGCGGUUCCUCCUGAUGUGUGUAUGGACGCAAGUGCAAAAUAUAUCCAUCAAAUCGGUUACUCGGCGGGGAUUACAUGCUGAUGGUGUGACAAGCGCAAAAUGCAAGCUACGAAUUUGAAGGUGAAAUUUGAAGCCUUCAAAAAUAUCGAAUUGAUUAUACCCAAAGUAGCUUGUGAUCGUCCUGGGGAUUUUGGUCCUUGAAUCAAGGCACCGUAUCAUGGCCAAGAACGUUUCUCACAUUCACAGGUUAGCACCUGUAGGAAAUUGCGGACUCAGCUGAGUCCUACGGGGAGCUGACCUACGGCAU